UAGUUAUUUUGUUUCAUUUAAUUGAGGUGGAGGCUGCACACUUCUGAGUUCUUCUUCAGGGUGACUGGAGGACUCCGAGCGUGACGUUACGCUCUCUGACUGAAUAAUGGCACGCGGACGCUGAUCUCCUAGCAACCGUUAAACAACAAUCAAAACUGCUGCGGGUUUGAAAAUAUGGAGCAGUUUCCACCUAAAUUUAGUAAAGUGUUGGUGACACCUGACCCACAGUACAUCCCAGGGUACGCAGGCUACUGUCCUCAGCUGAAGUAUCACAUGGGCCAGACAUAUGGACAGUUAACAGCAAAGCUCCUGUCUUCCCCGGAGGUGUCUCACUCACAGAGGCUUGUGCUCCAUACCGGGCGUUUCCCAUCCACAGAGGACGACUCAGAACCCCGCGAUGAAAUCUGGAGAAGCCGACAUGGAGGCAGAAGGAACCUGGAAAAAAUGAUUCCGGGAUACACAGGUUUUGUUCCAUUGCGUCAAAACUACUUCUGCAAAACAUAUGCAGAAACCUGUCGAGAUGCACUAUCAGAGUUCAGCCAGGAACAAGAAAAAAGACUGCAUGAAGCUUCUGCUGACCUGUCUUUUACUGUCAACGACAGCUUCCCAGACUUCAAACCUAAAAGAUUGAACAGUCCUCUUACAGCCAUAUCUAAAGAUCCUGCCCCCUACAAGGCCCCGCACCCCUGGAAACCACCAGGCUCCCCAUACAUCAUGGAGGAAAGCAGCCCACAUAAGUAUUUCAUCUCAGGUUUUACUGGCUACGUUCCCAAAGCCCGGUUCCUCUUUGGUGCUGGAUAUCCCAUCAUCACCAACAAGGCACUGAUCCAGUUUGGCAAUGAGAUGAAGGCAUGUCGGACCUCCUUCGACUUGCAAAGGAAGGAUUCCACCAGCUUGCCUCUGAUAUCCACAAUAUACCCCUCUAAAACAGGGAUCUUACCCUCUUACAUGGGGCACGUACCAGGUUACAGAUUUCAAUAUGGCCAUACAUUUGGGCAGCUCACCCAUGAUGCUUUGGGUCACAUUGGUACAAAGAGGAAGAACACAGAGGAAAAUAGACUGGAGUAAAGACCCAAACAGUGCAAGUGAAGCAGUUAUCACACAUAACCCAUCUUAGAGCAAUUAAAGUCAUUUUGGUCAUCUAACAAGCAACAUGUAA